GAUAAGUUAAUUUACCAACAAAUUAUCCAAAUUUGUUUCCCAAACUUUCAACGUUAACAAAUCAACACAAUCAAAUUGUCUUCUCAUCAAUUCCAAGUUGAUCCAUAAAAUUAAACAACAAACAACCAUAACAAUUAACUUUCCCAAUUAAUAUUCUAAUUUACCCAAAAUUACCCUUCCAACAGAAUCAAAGUCAACCAUCAACAUGGAAACAAUCAAAUUAAACCCAAAGACAAUUCCAACAAUUUCCAAUCGUUUCCCGAUCAUGAAAACACCAAAAGCAAUUUCACAUUCACAUUUACUUAAAACAAAAUGUCCGCUUACGAUGAAGCCGCUCCAAUUUAUGGACCUUUCUUUGGUGUAAUGGGCUCUGCUGCUGCAAUGGUUUUCUCUUCACUUGGAGCCGCCUAUGGAACAGCUAAAUCUGGAACUGGAAUCGCUGCAAUGGCCGUCAUGAGACCCGAAAGAAUCAUGCAAAGUAUUAUUCCCGUUGUUAUGGCCGGUAUUAUCGCUAUUUAUGGUUUAAUCGUUGCUGCACUUAUCGCCAAUAACUUGAGAGCACCACCAUCAUAUAAAUUGUUUGAUGGUUUCAUCCAUUUGGGUGCUGGUUUAUCUGUGGGUCUUUCUGGUUUGGCUGCUGGUUUCGCUAUCGGUGUUGUCGGUGAUGCUGGUGUUCGUGGUACUGCCCAACAACCACGUCUAUUUGUAGGAAUGAUUUUGAUUUUAAUUUUCGCUGAAGUACUUGGUCUUUAUGGUCUUAUUGUUUCACUUAUUCUUAACACAAGAGUAAGCUCUUAAUCAAGACCAUAUUUAAACAAAACAACACACACACAAAACUAAACAUAUUUACAAAAAAAAAUUACAACAUUUAAUCAUUUCCACUGUGAGAGAUCAACAACAAAGAGAAUCUUCAAAAUCAUACAUUUAAACUAGAAUUUUUUUCCCCUUUUUCUCAUCUUCUGUGUUUCUGGAUUGAUUGUGAUUCCAUUUUAUCAUAUAUAAAUAUAUAUAAAAUAUAUAAUAAUCAUGCAUUUAAUUGGAUUUAUCGUAUAAUAAAAAAAAUACAUUGAAAAAAGAGAAA